UGCUGGUUCGAGGAUGAUAUAGAAAAAAUUGUUGACAACUUGGAAGCUUCUAGAUAUUUCUAGGCCAAGGUUUUCAAGCAAACCAGUUUGAAAUAAUAAGAGCCUAUGCGCAGAAGUCUUGUUGCGCAGAAGCUGCAGAAUCACUCUUCCCAUAUGGCACGAAUAAAAACAACAAGGUCCUCUUGACUGUCGGAGGUCAGAGAAUAUUCUUUCCUGACUGCAGCAAAUACUCUACCAUCCAUGGAUCCGUCGAAGAUUUUCUCUGAAGUCAUCAAGGCCAAAAUUAAGCUGGAAAACUAGAGCGGACCGACCAGUUCCACAGAAACCAGCGAAUGUUCUGAAGAGAAAAAUUAUAUUUUUACCAAAAAAAAUUGGAUUUUAAUCAUGAGCAACAACAACAACGUCAACCUUUACAACCCUGAUUGGAUGUUCCCCAUCCUUCGACAACCUCCUUCAAGAUGUUGGAAACUUUUGAGCAGCUUUGUUUUAGGUUCUGUUGGACUUAUCAACAAAGUCAUAACUUCCCAGUUGAACACAAGGAAAGUUUUCAACAAAGAAAUAUUACACGCCGAGCUGGAUAGGCCAAAGAAAAUUCCUCUCAUCACCGUUUCAAAUCAUCAUUCAUGUAUGGAUGAUCCUGGUCUUUGGGGAGCGAUGCUUAAUAGUUGGGAGCACUUGUGUGACAGAAAUGUGAUGAGAUGGAGCUUGGCGGCUCACGACAUUUGUUUUACUAACAAAAUUCACUCAUACUUCUUCAUGAUGGGGAAGUGCAUACCUGUGAUAAGAGGUGCCGGAGUUGAACAGGAAGCAAUCAAGUUUUGCUCCGAGAGGCUAUCCGAAGGUAGCUGGGUGCACGUGUUCCCUGAGGGAAAAGUCAACAUGACCCAGGAACCAAUGAGAAUCAAGUGGGGAGUCGGUAAGCUGGUCUGGGACUGCCCCGAGGUGCCAACAAUCAUCCCUAUGUGGCACGUAGGGAUGGAGGAAAUUCUUCCAAAUGAACCUCCAUAUCGGCCGCAAACAGGGAAAAAAAUCACAAUUUAUGUUGGGAAUCCGAUCCAGUUGCGGGGUCUGCUGAGCUCUCUGAAAAACCGCAAAGUGGACGUCGUGACUGCUCGAAAGGAGAUCACAGACGUCAUCCAGGAUAAGAUGUUAGCCUUGAAACCCAUCGCUGAGAAACUGCACCGGGAAUGGACGUAAUUAUGAUUUCCUGUUAGUUACUUUUGCUCUAACUGCCUUCGAGACCAAAAAUAUGGAAAUGGCAAGUCCAGAUCAUUCACAAAUAAUUUUAGUCAGAUUUUUUUAGUUAUUUUUUC